UGAUGUUUUCCUACCACUGUUUCUGGUGGAUCGCCUCCUUCAGCCCUAAUAGUAGCUACUGGCGAACUUGAAGGAGGUGAGAUGUUUUACAAAGAAAGACACCCUCGGAGUGGAAGCUGGACUAGAUGAGGGGUGUGGAUUCCGUGAUUCUCUAACCUGGUGGACCUCCAGCCCAGCCUCAUAGAUGAUCUUUCCCUGUGCGACUUCGUGGCUUUGGUUCGCCGAGGAGCAUCUGGAGCAACCGGAAACCAGGUAUGGCAGUGGCCAAUAUGGUGUGUUUCUCUGACGUGGAAACUUUCUUGGACUCGCACCCCGAGUUAUUCGAGGACUACCUGAACCGAAAGGGCACUUAUGGCAUGGUGGAAAAGUGGCUGAAGAACCACCAAGCGGCCAAGGCGGGUCCGGCGGCUGCGACCCCGGCCGAGCCGAGGGACGAAAAGGGCGCCGCGCUGAAGGACAGCUGGGCGAGCAAAUGCGAUGGUCUGCAGCGGAGAGCCUCGCAGAAGGAGCUGCGCAAAACUUUUGCCCGCUCCAAAGCCGUCAACGUCAACCGAACCUACGACGAGCAAGUCACCUCGAGGGCCCAGGAGCCGCUGAGCAGCAUGCGGCGGAGAGCCCUUCUGAGGAAGGCGAGCUCGCUGCCCCCGACCACCGCGCACAUAUUGAGCGCCUUGCUCGAGUCCAGAGUCAACAUUCCGCAGUACCCGUCCACGGCCGUGGAUUUCAAAUAUUACCUGAAGGAGAACAACGAGAGGGAGUUCUUCCUGGAGCUCGUCAAAGACAUUUCCAACGACCUGGACCUGACGAGCCUCAGCUACAAAAUCCUGGUGUUCGUGUGCAUCAUGGUGGAUGCGGAUCGGUGCUCCCUGUUUCUAGUGGAGGGCACCGAGAACAAGAAGACGCUCGUGUCCAAGUUCUUCGACGUGCACGCGGGCACCGCGGUGCUGCCCUCCAUGAACUCGGGCGAAGUGCAGGUGCCCUGGGGCAAAGGUAUCAUCGGAUAUGUGGCUGAGCAUGGAGAGACGGUCAACAUUCCGGACGCUUACCAGGAUCGUCGUUUCAGUGAUGAAAUUGACAAGCUAACAGGCUACAAGACCAAGUCGCUCUUGUGUAUGCCCAUUCGCAACAGCGAUGGAGAGAUUAUCGGUGUGGCUCAGGCCAUCAACAAGACUUCAAGUGUGGAGCUCUUCACUGAAGAUGAUGAAAAGGUACUGCAGAUGUACCUGCCCUUCUGUGGCAUUGCCAUCUCCAACGCUCAACUCUUUGCUGCCUCAAGGAAAGAAUAUGACAGAAGUCGGGCUCUUCUCGAGGUCGUCAACGACCUGUUUGAAGAACAGACCGACCUGGAGAAAAUUGUCAGGAAGAUCAUGCAUCGGGCUCAGACAUUGUUAAAGUGCGAGCGCUGUUCUGUUCAAUUGCUGGAGGACAUCGAGUCACCGGUAGUGAAGUUCACCAAGUCUUUUGAAUUAUUGUCACCUAAGUGCAGUGCUGAUGCUGAAACAAGUUUCAAGGACAGUAUGGAAAAGUCUUCUUACUCUGAUUGGCUCAUCAACAACAGCAUUGCAGAGCUGGUUGCAUCCACAGGACUUCCUGUGAACAUCAGCGACGCUUACCAGGAUCCUCGCUUUGAUGCUGAGGCGGAUCAGUUUUCAGACUUCCACAUUCGCUCUGUGCUUUGUGUUCCUAUAUGGAACAGCGAUCACCAAAUCAUUGGUGUUGCGCAAGUGUUGAAUCGCCUUGAUGGGAAACCGUUUGAUGACGCAGACCAACGUCUCUUUGAGGCAUUUGUGAUCUUUUGUGGCCUGGGCAUCAACAACACGAUUAUGUACGACCAGGUGAAGAAGUCCUGGGCCAAGCAAUCAGUGGCUCUCGAUGUGCUCUCCUACCACGCCACUUGCUCCAAGACUGAAGUUGACAAAUUCAAGGCCGUCAACAUCCCCCUGGUGUGCGAGCUGGGAAUUGACAAGCUCUCCUUUGACGAUUUCUCCCUGGACGUUGACGCCAUGAUAACGGCUGCGCUGAGAAUGUUCAUGGAGCUGGGAAUGGUUCCCAAAUUUAAGAUCGACUAUGAGACGCUGUGCAGAUGGCUGCUGACUGUCAGGAAAAACUACCGCAUGGUUCUGUACCACAACUGGAGACACGCCUUCAACGUGUGCCAGUGCAUGUUUGCCAUGCUCACGACGGCCGGCUUCCAGGAGACACUGACAGAAGUAGAGAUCUUAGCACUUAUCGUGGGUUGCGUGUGUCACGACUUGGACCACCGGGGCACCAACAACGCUUUCCAGGCCAAAACAGGCUCGGCUCUGGCUCUGCUUUACGGGACCUCAGCUACGCUUGAGCAUCACCACUUCAACCACGCCGUCAUGAUCCUGCAAAGCGAGGGUCACAACAUCUUCUCCAACCUCUCAUCCACUGAGUACAGCAACCUUAUGCAACUACUCAAACAGUCUAUUCUGGCUACAGACCUCACGCUUUAUUUUGAAAACAGAAACACUUUUUUUGAACUGGUCAACAAAGGGGAGUAUAACUGGAACGUGAAGGCUCACAGAGACAUGUGCAGAUCCAUGAUGAUGACAGCGUGCGAUCUCGGCGCUGUCACCAAGCCUUGGGAAAUAUCCCGCAAGGUGGCCGAGUUAGUAACCAGCGAGUUUUUUGAGCAAGGCGACAGGGAGCGAUCAGAGCUGAAGCUCACACCAUCGGCAAUUUUUGACCGCAAUAGAAAAGACGAACUGCCUGGUCUUCAGUUGGAGUGGAUUGACGGAAUUUGCGCCCCGCUCUAUGAGACUCUGGUCAAGUUGAAUCCUAAACUCAAGCCCAUGCUGGACACGAUCCAGGUCAACAGGUCCAAAUGGGAGGAGCUGAACGAAAAGCGUCAACACGAGCGCGGCAGUUCUGACCCGGCGCACCCUUCCGAGCCCGUCGGCUCCCCCUGCCGGAGCAAAUGCGUGGACCGCCCGGCCUCCCAACCGGUUGGUUAACGAGCCUGUCACUGAGAUCUCUCUUCCUUUUAUGCGGUCCUCGGACCUUUUUGCUCCGACGAGCGAGCUAGAAAAGCUCCGGGAGCUGCGUCGGCAUGUCAGCUGACGAGCGGAGUACGGCCUUUUCACGUGAAGGCGCAGGCCACAAAAAUGGAGUGGUGACGCCAAUGUUGUCUGUAAAUGUGUACAUACCGUAGGCUGCUGAGGACUGUGUUGCGUUCAAGUGCUGUGACCAAACUACUGAUUAUGCUGCGGCUGCCGAAGGUUGCCGGAGCGACUGCACUUGCUCCACUUCUUCCCAUCCUGUGCCUUGUUUGAAAGAUUUAAUAUGAAAAAUGCAUGGCCUCCUUUUACAUGGACACUAUGAAAAAUGGCACCUGUGAGUUUUUUUUUUUUUUUGCCAUUAUACACCAUAGCAAAACAAGCCCUUCCCAAUAAUACCAAACAUCAUCAAGUAUAAUCACCAAUAAACACAACACACGGUGGUAGCAAAGCACAACUUUGGUCUAAAUCUAGGGUGUCCAAACUACGGCCCACUGCCGAGUUUUUAUUGGCCUGCAGAAAAUUAUGGAAAUAUGUUUUUAUAUGGCCUGUGCAAGAAGCCUAAAUUCUGUCGCACUUCUCAGCUUCAACACUAGUUCACUUAAACAGUGCCUCUCCAUUAGCUUAGGGGUCAAAACCUGACAUGUUGGAAUCAAUGUAGGAAACAAUAGAAUUACAGUAUUUUAUUUGACAUACAUUUAUAUAUAAAAAAAAUAAUAAUUCAAUGUGAUGAAUUCAACUAUCUUGUGAUUUUCUUGACUUUUUUGCUGUUGCUGAACAUUUUGUCUUUGUUGCAAAGUUUGUUUCAGUAGUGUAAAUAUAUACAGCGAGGAGCAAAGGUAUUUGCACCUCUUGUGAUUUUGUAAGUUCACCCACUUAGAAAAUCGGUAGGCGUCUGAAAUUUCAAUCAUAGAUGCAUUUCCACUCAUAGAGACACAAUCUUAAAAGAAAAAAUCCAGAAAUCACAUUGUAUGAUUUUUAAAAAUACUUUAUUUGUAAUUUACUGAAUUCCAUAAGUGUUUUUACCCCUGAGAAUCAGCAAUUAUUAAGACACUCUCAGUCUACCUUAAAAAAAAAAAGUCCACCUUUACCUCAUGAGUAAUUACGCACCCACCCACCACCUGUUUCCGCUCAAUAUUGUCACCUGUGCACCCCACAGUCAGUCAUAAUUCAACGGCUACCAUUGUCAAGACCAGACAGCUUUCGAAAGACACCAGAGAAAAGGUUGUUGAGCUCUACAAAGCUGUAAAAGGCUAUAGGACAAUUGGAAAGCUGCUUAGGUAGAAUAAAUCAACAGUUGCAGCAAUUGUUAGAAAAUGGAAAAGGCUAAACAUGACUGAUAAUCUACCUCGGACUGGGGCUCCAUGUAAAAUCUCUCCUCGUGGGGCAUCACUCAUGAUGAGAAAAGUGAGGGUUCAGCCUAGAACUACACAGCAGGAGCUGGUGAUUAACCUGAAGAGAGUUGGCUGCACAGUUUUAUAGGCUACUGUCAGUAGAAGACUAUGCUGCAAUGGUUUGAAUUCAUGCAUUGCUUAGAAGGUUGCCGGUACAUCUGAAGGCCUGUUUGACGUUUUACAGGGGCCAUCUGAUUGAUGCAGAGGUGUCAUGGGAGAAAGUCAUGUGGUCAGAUGAGAGCAAAGUAGAACUUUCUGGUGCAAACUUUACUCGUUGUGUGUGGAGGAAAAAGAAGGAUGUGUACAAUCCCAAGAACACCAUCCCCACUGUGAAGUAUGGGGGUGGUAACCUCAUGCUUUGGGGCUGCUUUUCGGCAAAGGGGACAGGACGACUGCACUGUAUAAAGCAGAGGAUGAAUGGUGAAAUGUAUCAUUAGAUUUUGAGCCACAACCUCCUUCCCUCAGUCAGAGACUUGAAGAUGAGUUGUGGCUAGAUCUUCCAACAUGACAAUGAUCCAAAGAACACUGCCAAGCUGACCAAGGAGUGGCUGCGUAAAAAGCAUAUCAAGGUUCUGGAGUGGCCUAGCCAGUCUCCAGACCUCAAUCCAAUAGAAAAUCUUUGGAUGGAGCUGAAACUUCGUGUUUCUCAACGACAGCUCCGAAACCUGACAGAUCUAGAGAAGAUUAGUGUGGAGGAAUGAGCCAUAAUGCCUGUUUCCAUAUGUGAAAACCUUGUAUAGAAGUACAGAAAGAGUUUGGCCCCUGUAAUGGCAAACAAAGGCUUCUGUACUAAAUAUUAGCAUUAGUCUUUCAGGGGUAGAAAUACUUACGAACCACAGUAAAUUACAAAUAAAUUAAUUUAAAAAUUAUACAGUGUGAGUUCCGGAUUUCUUUUGUUGGUUAAGUUUCUAUAAGUGGAAAUGCAUCUAUGAUUGAAAUUUCUACCUAUUUACCUAUUUUAUAAGUGGGUGAACUUGCAAAGUCUCAAGGAGUGAAAAUACUUCUGCUCCUCCCUGUAAAUUGCAAUAUCCUUAGGCUGUAUUCAGACAGCAGGCAUAUCUGAUUCCAAUUGGAUUCUUGCUCAGAUCUGAUUUUUAGGGUUGACUGUUCACACUAUAUUUAGCAAGUGUCCAAAUCAGAUCUGGGCCUGUUCAGACUUCUUGACACACCUGGCAGUUUGCUCUGGCAACAAAGACUUCAUCCAGCAUAGAGUGACGUCACCGACAGUCAAAUCCCAUCUGAGCAGUUCAGAAUGAGAAGCAUCUUGUCCAUAUCUGAUAUGAAACUACCUCCUGUAUAUGGGUUUCAAUCCGUCUCGCAAAAAUCAGUGCUUUGGGACUGUUUAGACUACAAAAGAGCCAUCCAGUUUCAAUCUGGAUGGGGUAGUAAUUGUAUUUUGGCUGCCAGUCUGAACAAGGCCUUAUGGACAAGUUUCCUGAGCGAAACAUGGGCGGCGCCAUCUUGGAAAAUUUCUGCUCCGAACUUCCGGUUUAGACAAAACAUCAUGAGUUGCGGUUGAAGUUAGCAGUGUGUUGACAAAGUCAAAAAUCAAAUCAAAGGAACCCACUGAUUCUCCCAAAAUGGAUUUAGCACAACGUAAAUGAGGGUCUGGGACUUUCUGUGCUAUGCGCGGCUGUGUGAACUCGUGAACUUGUCUAUACCUUUGUUGCUUGGACUGGACCCUCAGUCAUAAUCGAUAGGACAUCGAUCGCUGUCAAUGGCAGCCAAUGAGUUAAUACCUAAAAUAAAUGCAUUUCAAAAACCCGAUCUUUUUUUACCCAACUCCGAUCCUCUGUUUAAAAAAAUGAAAGUGGAAGGAUUUCAAGUCAGCCCUUGCAGCCUUUGAUUUUUCUGAAAGUGGCCCUUGGAGACAAAAGUUUGGACACCCCUGCUCUAAAAAAGCUCCUCAAUUUACUUCAAAAUACAGUCGUUCGUCGGUCCAUAGAUGGCACAAAACCAGAAAAUCAUUGAAUUAUCAAAAAAAAAAAAAAAACUAUGGUUGCGUACUUUUGCUGCACCAGAAUAAAUGUUCUGAAUUUCUUUAUAAAGUGAUCAAUGUAAUGUUUUAACGAGAUAAAUUCAUUGUGAAAAUUUACCAAGGUAAAGUCCACGUAUAAACAUGACAUUUGUUUUAGUUUGAAAGUUUUCACGUUUUAACACAAUAUAUCAUGUCAAUUUAAAAAGUUACAUUUCACCUUUAAAGGGAACCUCGGACUUAAAAGACUUGUAAGCUCUAAUAAGCCACAAUUGUUCUCUUUUACUAAAAUAUGUUAUUCGAAAAACAUAAAAUAUUGCCAUUGUUUUAAAAAUGUAUAAUACUUAGUACUAGGGAUGUCGGGUCCGAUCACAUCAUUUUCAAAGUAUCGGAAUCGGCAAAAAAAUAUCGGCCAUGCCUCUUUUAAAUAUAUAUAUAUUUUUUUUUUAUUAAAUCGUUUUCUAAUUGUAUUUAACGUUACAGACAUACUAUGUUACCCUUAUCCAGAGUCCUUAGUUUAGGCAUAAAUACUGGAAAUACUUCUCUCCAAACAGGAGAGUUUCCACAAGACUUUAAAAACUGCAGUAAUAAAACCUCUCCGAAAAAAACCUAAUCUGGAUGCCUCAACCAUUAGCAAUUACAGGCCAAUAUCAAAUCUGACAUUCCUGGGGAAAAUUAUCGAAAGGGUUGUGUUCGAACAGAUCCAGACUUUUAUGAUGCAAAACAAUCUUUUUAACUCAUUUCAGUCUGGAUUUCGGCCACAACACAGCACCGAGACCGUGCUUAUCAAAGUCCUACUAAAUGAUAUUCGUCUGAAUACCGAUGCAGGCAAAUCAUCUGUUCUGUUACUAUUGGAUCUCAGCGCUGCAUUCGACACGGUUGAUCACAAUAUACUACUCAGCAGAUUGGAACAGUGGGUAGGGCUUACUGACACUAUUCUUCAGUGGUUCACAUCCUAUUUACAUGUUAGGGAUUUCUUUGUGUCAACCGGAAACUAUCAGUCAGAACGAACCAAAUUCACGUGUGGAGUCCCUCAAGGGUCAAUUCUUGGACCACUCUUAUUUAACAUCUAUAUGCUUCCGUUAGCUCAGAUAAUGGAACAGUAUGACAUCUCCUAUCACGCCUAUGCAGAUGACACACAACUGUACAUUUCUGUGUCCCCACAUGAUUAUAGUCCCUUAGUCUCCCUGAAUAAAUGCAUUCAUCAAAUCAGUGAAUGGAUGUGCCAGAAUUUUCUCCAGUUAAAUGUGGAGAAGACAGAGGUGAUCAUUUUUGGGCCAAAAAAGGAAAGGUCAAAGAUAAGCAGGCAACUUAGCACAAUGUCACUUACAGCUACAAAUCAAGUCAGAAACCUCUGCGUAAUUAUUGAUACAGAUCUAAAAUUUGAUAGCCAUCUAAAGUCCGUCACUAAAUCCGCUUAUUACCACCUUAAAAAAUAUAACCAGAAUUAAGGGGCUUCUGACUCAACAAGCCAUGGAAAAACUUAUGCAUGCAUUCAUUUUCAGCAGAUUGGACUAUUGCAACGGUAUAUUUACAGGUCUUGAUAAAAAAUCAGUCAGGAAGCUGCAGCUAGUACAGAAUGCUGCAGCCAGAGUCCUCACAAAUACAAGGAAGCUGGACCACCGGUUUUGAAAUCGCUACACACUGGCUUCCAGUGAGUCAAAGGUUAGACUAUAAAAUACUACUGCUCGUCUACAAAACACUUAAUGGCCUUGGACCAAAAUACAUGCUUGACUUGUUAGAUUCCUAUGAGACAUCUAGACCCCUAAGGUCGUCUGGAACCGGUCUUCUGCAUGUUCCAAGAACAAGAACAAAGCAGGGUGAGGCAGCAUUUAGUUAUUAUGCUCCUCACCUCUGGAACAAGUUACCUGAACGUCUGAAGUAUGCUCAAACUGUUAGCUCUUUUAAAUCAGGGCUAAAAACGCUUUUGUUUAGCACUGCAUAUCCAUAACUGGCUAUAUAUUUCAAUCUACGUGCUUUCUAUUCCUCUUGUGCUUAUCUCCAUUGCUGAUUUCAAUUAUUAUUAGUAGUAGUAGUUUUUGUUUUAUUUUUAUUUCUGUUUUAUUUUUGUUUAUUUAUUUUUAUUCUAGUUGUGAUUAAAUGCGAUCUUUUGUCUUGGUUUUUACUUUGUAUUGAUUUAAAUGUGAUUUUUAUGAUCUUCAUGUGAUGUAAAGCACUUUGAAUUGCCUUGUGUUGAAUUGUGCUAUAUAAAUAAAUUUGCCUUGCCUUGCCUAGGCUUAAGGUAGGGUUAUCAAAUUUAUCCCAAUAACGGCGGUAAUUAAUUUUUUUUUAAAAAUGCAUCACGUAAAAAUAUUUGACGCAAUUCAUGCAUGCGCUGCACAACCCACUCAUGCAUUGUCGCGCUCCAUCUGUACUGGCGCCGCUUUGCCAAUGUAGAGAGCUAAAAGACGGCGUAAAAUGAGUAGUGUGAAUUUUGCCAGCCUUUGGAGCCUUAUUUUAAUUGGCUAAAGCCAUACUAUCCCUCUCCCUACGAUUAGAAAUAUCACGGGAAGAAAUGUGGGGAAGCAAGGUAGCAAUUGAUCAUUUUCAUAACACCUUGAAUUAUAUCGCAUCGCAGAGAAGAUAUAUGAAUUGGUAGCACUACGCACAGUCGUGGUUUCACUUGUCAUGGUUCCACUUCCCAUCAUGCACUGGGCAUGGCCUUCAGUAUCAUUUACUGAAAGCUCAACAAAUACACUAGAUGGCAAUAUUUAGUCACAAUAUACAAAGUCACAAGUCUUUCUAUCCGUGGAUCCCUCUCACAGAAAGAAUGUUAAUAAUGUAAAUGCCAUAUUGAGGAUUUAUUGUCAUAAUAAACAAAUACAGUACAUAUGUACUGUAUGUUGAAUGUAUACAUACGUCCGAGUUUCAUUCAUUUUUUUCUUAAUGCAUUGCCAAAAUGUACGUAUAUGAUCGGGGAAAAUGAUCGGGAAUGAUUGGAAUUGAAUAGGGUGCAAAAAAAAGCAAUCGGAUCGGGAAAUAUCGGGAUCGGCAGAUACUCAAACUAAAACGAUCGGGAUCGGAUCGGGAGCAAAAAAACAUGAUCGGAACAACCCUACUUAGUACAUGUUUUAUGGCUGCUCGGGCUGAAGAUGUAGAUUGUCACUGUCACUCGACGAAUACUACCGAGUUACUGCAAUUCCUUCUACGCGGCGAGACGUCCAACACAUUAUCUCAUCGGUUAAAAGCAGCGAGUACUUACUAUUUGUAUUUUUAUUGAGUUUUUUAUUACCUUUUCAUUGCCUCAAAAUACUUUUUGCAUGUGUUUCCCUCUCAUACUUUUAAGCAGUGUUUUCUUGUGGUAGCUUUAAAGCACAUUGUUGAUCUGUUGACCACAUUAGUCACGUAGCAUAUUUAAAGCACCCUCAUUUGAUAUUAUUACAUUAAAGUAUUUUCUUAAGGCAUCUUUAGUAUGUUCUGUCUGUAUGCAUCUAAACAAAACAAGCUGAAAGCGCACGGUAGUACUUUGAGUUCAAAUUCGCUUCUUGUAGGACGUUUCGCAGGUGUAGCACAUUUUGGCAGAACACUUUUUCCCCCCAACUGUCGUCUCGUCUGAUCCCGUCUUUCCUGUUCAUUUUGCUUUUGCUGCUUGUUUUGUGAAAUAUCGACAGUGUUGUCGUGCUCAUUAAUGUUCCUGUCGGGUUCAAAUUGAAAGGGUUGAAAAGAUGACAUGUUCCCGUCACUAAAGUCAUAUUCUGGAAGAACGGCAGCAUAACCAUGUGACGUCACCGCCCUGCGACCUCAACAAUAAUGGCGAGCUACAAGUUAAGCUAAUUUUACAAAUUGUAUAAAAACGAAAACAUCAACAGGGAUUUCAAUAUAAAAUUAUUUUAACUCAUAAUUUUUAUCUUUUAAGAACUACAAGUCUUUCUAUCUGUGGAUCCCUUUAAACCAGGGGUGGGAUGCAAGUAAAAAUUUUAAUCUAAUUUAUUAGAGGCUUUGCAAUGAAUUAAUCUUGAUUAUUCACAUUUUAAUAUUCACACACACACGGACACAAUGUGCCUUGAUGACAUUGCUGUGUAUUUCUGCUCAAGUAAGCAAUUUAAUUUCACAUUUUUUUCCCUCUUCACCAAUUCUUCUUACAAUGUUUCAAGUCCAAGGAUGACCGACUGACUCACACUGAAGUGAUACUCAAGUGCUCAUUGGGUCACAAGCCACUUUUUAUUUAUUUUUUUUUUUUGCCUUUGACUUUUGUUGUAUUUUCUUGGCAUUAAUUUUAAGAAAAAAAAAGUGACUUUGUGCACCUUGGCAGGCAUGGUUCUUAAUGCGUUUUCAUUGAAGAACAUUUAAGUUGCAUGAUUUUAAUGACUUCUGUGUUGCAUUCAAAGACAUAUGUGAGGGUGUAGCAACCGCGGGACCGUAACAAAUACCUCGGAGUUCCACACAAAUGCAUGUCUCCAAUUGUACUGCAUGAGAUUGUGUUAAUUAUGAAUAUCACUGUUCUAUUUUUCUAUCAUUUCCUCACCCCUAUUCUUGUAUUUUUUGACUUGUAUGUCACAUGAAGUAACGUGUUUCUUCUUUGUGUUUUUGGAGUUGUUUAAUGAGAGGGAAAAGCCCUGGCAUGAUGAAAAUUUGGAAUGUUUCUGACUUUCUGUACUUCACUUUGAAUAAACAUGAUGCUGCUACGUAAUCUGGCUUCGUUUACGUUUGUUUUAGUCACGUGCUGCCCUCGUGUGGACAUAA